AUUAAACCAAAUUCCCAACACUUAUUAGCUUCUAAAGGUUUUUAAAGUUUAGUACUUGAAUAGUGAAGGGCGGUUUUGAUCGUUGCCAAGGUAACGGCAAGUGUUGUAAAUGAAGAAGCGGAUACGAGUUCGAGCGGAUUUGAGAGCAAAACGAGACAGUUAAACUGCAAAACACGAGAACAGGUGAAAAGAAGUAGUUUGAUAGGUGGUUUAGUCAGUCAUGACACAUGACAGGAUUCAGGUGAAAGUGUCGGCUGGCCAUCGAAUAAUCAACCAAGCAACAGAACUUGAUGAAAAAAAGACAAUUCGAGUCUGCCUAGUUUGUUAAUGUAAAUUACACAUUUCACACGGUGUUUCAUUGGAUAAAUACACCCUCUUGAAACCUGUCGCAAGCCAAGAUUGCUUUUACCACUCGAUUCGUUGUUGCUAGUUGUUUUCUCUUGUUUUGCGAAUCGAAGAACAAGUUUGACUAUCGCGGGGGUGUGCUGUAUGAUUAAUACUAACUGACUGACUUAAAGUAAAAAGGAUUUCCCACCGAAACUCGAUCCGCUCACGUCCGGAUGUUAAAGGUAAUCCCUAGUUCUCUAACAUUUAAAAACAUACUGCAUCUAUCUUAUCUUUACUGCAAUAUCUUACUUAAGAUAUUAGUCAUUUUAAGGAAAUGAAAGCAAGCCAUCACCGAUACUGUAUUCAUAUCCACCGCGUAUCGUACAAACAGCAGGUUCGUAUGGGAUUCAGUCGGGUACGCCGCCUAAACUGCUGAUGAUUUGGAACUGAGGGACUCGUCCAGUAGCGUCAUACAAGACAGCCAACAAACUGGGAUACUUAUCCAGGCCAGCUUUCAAGAGGGUAGUCAGAAUCAGUGAACUGCAAAAAGCCGUCACAGUUAUCGGCACUGGCAACUAUCGUCCAUCUGAAAAAUCGAUCAAGAUUUACUGCAUCGAUUGGUAGUGAGAGACAGUUCCAUGAUCACGGCGGAGUAAAGACGUUCGAUCAUCCAUCCUCGUCAUGCUCAAGCAACACUCGACGUGUGUCAUCUCGCUCUUUUGCUUCCUUCUUCAACUCAACCAAGUUUACACGUCUUCAGAGCCAGAAAAGACCUGCUCCUUCUACACGAACAAAGGAAAAUGCUGCAUUUUUCCAUUCGUGUACAGAAACCGCACGUAUACCGAGUGCACGGCUUCUCCUGAAGACAGCGAAAUUUGGUGGAAUCAAUGGACAUUCCCAUGGUGCAAUAUUCCUUCUGGAAAAUUUCGUUGUAUGAGAGCAGAAAACAGCUGCGGGGGACACAGAACAUUACCAGCAGGUGUGAUAUCCUCAGUGAACUUUCCACGUGGAUAUCCGAAUAAUUCAGAAUGUAUAUGGACGAUACGUAUUCCGGGAGCCAAUCAGAUCACUUUAAACUUUACUCAUCUCAAUCUUAGUCAAGACCAGUCAUGUGACAGUGCUUACGUAAAAAUCUACGAUGGUGACAAUACGAGCUAUCCACUUCUGAAAAACGCUUGUGGCUGGAAAAUGCCUCCCCCUGUUAGGUCAAGUGGUAAUGCAAUGAUGGUGGUGUUUAGAUCUACGACGUCUACUGUCGGACAAGACAAGGCCGGCUUCAGGGCGUAUUAUGAUACUGGUGAAUGUAAAGUAAGAACAUAUGGAGGUAAUGGGAACGGUUCUUGUUGCGUUUUUCCAUUUAUGUACGAAGGAGAAACGUAUAACUCAUGUAUCAUAGAAGGCACCAAAAAGGAAGGCCUCAAUCCUGAUAAAUGGUGUUCAGUAACAUCGAACUAUGAUCGGGACAAGAAACGUGGAUUGUGUAUCUUGGAAAAUGUUCCUUGUGGUCCUGGGAAGUUUGAGUGCUAUAAUAAUCACUGGUGGAAGCAAUGUAUUAACAUAGAAGAUAAAUGUAAUGGAUUGGACGAUUGUGCUGAUGGAUCAGACGAACUAGGAUGUCCUCCAAUGAUAGAUCCGUACCAGUGCACUAUAUUCCUCAUAACGACAACAAGCAGCAAGAAAAUUUUUGGAUGGAAGCUAAAACGUAAAUGCGGUUAUCAAGAUAGAUGUCUAUCCAAGAACGUCACCUACGACUCCUCGACAACUUGUGAAAUAUCUUCAUGGAACAAGUGUCGUAAUGGUAGAUGCAUUCCUUCAGAAUGGGUGUGUGAUGGCAAGGACGAUUGCGGAGAUAAAAGUGAUGAAAUGCAAUCUCGGUGUCUUCACAAAGAGUCCCUCGGCUCUGAUGCUUGUAGUUGGACAACUGAGUGUAAGAAGUGGGAGAAACAGUUUGGAGCGGGUCCUUUGGAAUCCAAAACCAUCGCAACUUGUAGGUCAGAGAAUAUUACGGCGAUUCCAACAUACCUGCCGGUUUCUGUGACACACAUCACCAUUAUCAAGAAGAAGAUCAGUAGACUUGGACCGUCAAGCUUUUCCAGAUACCUAUCCCUGCGAAAAAUAGAACUUGAAGGCAAUGAGAUACAAGAAAUUCUACCCUUCACAUUCUCCAAGUUAAAGAAUCUUGAAAUCUUGAAUGUAAGAGACAACAAACUGAAGAUAAUCGUCAGCAACACAUUUCACGGCCUGAGUUUUUUAAAGGAACUACUUCUUCAAGAAAACAACAUCAAAACGAUCGAAGAUGAUGCGUUCCUUGGUUUAAGCAAUAUUAAAAAUCUCAACCUGAGCAGCUUGAAUCUAAAAUCGAUUAAGUCCGGAGCAUUUCGUGGGAUGGACUCUCUAGAGCAACUAUCUCUCAAAAAUAAUAUGGACCUCGUGCGACUUCCCAAAAACAUAUUUGAACCGAUUCCUAAUCUUCGUUAUCUGGAAGCAGAUAGAUUUGAGUUUUGUUGCAUAGCUGAACUGUCAGGUAUAAACUGCUCUGCACCCAAGGAUUUGUUCUCCUCAUGCGGAGAUCUCAUGGCCAAUUCAACGCUUGGAAUUUCCAUAUGGAUCCUGGGAUCCAUUGCCUUAUUAGGUAAUGGCUUUGUCCUUAUAUGGAGAUUGAAAACUAAAAGUGAAAGCAAGGUGCACUCGUUGUUGCUUCUCAAUUUGGCCAUCUCAGACUUCAUCAUGGGAUUGUAUUUAGUGGUGAUUGGGUCCGUCGAUAGCUACUAUAGAGGACGUUACUUUAUCUUCAGUGAAGAAUGGAAAAGAAGCUCAUUAUGUCAGUUUUGUGGUUUUCUCUCCACCUUAUCAAGCGAGGCAUCCGUUUUUAUUCUAACUAUUAUGACAGCUGACCGGUAUGUAGCGAUUUCUCACCCUUUGAGGAACAUAAGUCUCAAGCUUGCUGGUGCGUAUAAAGCCUUGGCGAUCAUCUGGACGUUAGCUUUCUUACUGUCCAUCAUCCCUUUGACAGGGUUAGAUUACUUUCAUGACUUCUAUGCACGAUCAGGCGUGUGCUUACCUCUGCAUCUGACUGCAGACAAACCCGCUGGCUGGGAGUACUCAGUGUUCGUAUUUUUAGUGUUAAACUUUGUAUCCUUUAUCGGGAUUUUUGUCCUGUAUCUUCUUAUGUUUAUCAAAAUCAAGCAGACAAACAAUAUAUUAACUGGUACGAGACAGAAAACAGCCACCGCGUCUAUUGGUUCUCGUAUGGUAUUCAUAGUGCUAACAGACUUCGUGUGUUGGAUUCCUAUCAUUAUUAUUGGUAUUGCGUCUUUAUCCGGGAUGCAAGCAAGCCCUACUGUGUACGCAUGGGUAGCUGUGUUUGUUCUACCUUUAAACUCAGCUCUUAACCCAAUACUUUAUACUUUAUCAACGACAAACUUCAGAAGGAACGUAAAUGCAACAGUCCGUAAAAGUUCUCAUAAACUUCAAGGUAUGACGUUUCUGACUACAGACAACCAAAGCGUCACCAUGAUGAAGGGAAGCCGUAGAAAGAUAUCAUCGGACGAUGAAAUAAAAGAAACUAAUGGAAAGAGAGCUUGGACUGUAAAAAACACUAAGAGAUGUAACGGUUGUUUGGCUCCCAUAUUAGAAAAAGAAAGAACCACAUAUAAGGACACAGCAGUAUAGCCGGUGAUAUAUAAGCAAUCUUAUUUAGGAUCCCCUAGACUGAAAUCAAACCUUGCGAAGUCUGCGCACUGGUUACCACUACUCUAUAAGUUGGGACUUGUCGCUUCUAGAUCAUUAUGAUGUCAGGGAGGUGUAAUGCGAACCCCCCUGAUGUUACCCUAUCCCCCCCCCCCCAACACACACAAUCACAACUCUGUCUAUUUAUUCCUUGGAACCCCAUCCCCAGAUAUGAAAAUAAUCAGUAAAAACUUGCACAAUAUUUUUAGAGGAAGACACCAGUGCAAUUUGUUCUUUUGCGCACACUUUGCGAAACAAGCGCGCAUUUUUGUGCCUCAAACUAGUUUUAUUGCAAUGCGCAAUGCACUAUGGGAUCCAUACACAACAAAAUGCAACCAUUUUUCGUUACAAAGGCAUCCCAUGAUGCAUUUAAGUCUCGUAACGAAAAUAGGCGAAGUUUAUGGUCUAAAAAAUAAGCUUCCUACCGUUCUGAGUCAAAGAAUCAUCGAUAAAUAAAAUGAGAUGUUGUUUUGCA